CCCAAACCACCAGUUGCUCCCAAGCCAAAGGUUACCACCAGUCCUUCUUCGCCAGCAGCCAAGUUUCCCCCCUCACCUAGGCCUGACAGUUUCCCCAGUCCCAACUCCAUGUCCAGGGGCCCCAAACCUCCCAUCGCUCCCAAGCCUAGGCUGGCUGGCCCCAGUGAGUUCGGAGCUGGUGUGCACCUGAGCAACAGCCUCAGCAAAUGCAGCAAUGGGAGGCUGCUCUGUGAGGACCGGGGCCUGUAUGAUGGCCACCACUCCACCCUGAACUGCUCUGAGUCGGAGACUGAUGAGGAGUACAUCAUGGUCCCCCGGGCUCCACAGAGAGAGGAUGCUCCCAGGGAUGGGGCUACUGGGGAGCAGGGCUUGGAGGAGGAAGUCCAAGAGCAUGGUGCAGAGCAGAUGGGGACUGAGGGGGACCUGGCAGUCCCAGAUGAAGAGGCACCAAGCAGAGACAGUGAGGAAGACAUGAGCCACACUCUGGAGGGUGAAGAAGACUGUGAUCACGAUCCAGAGAGAGAUGAGACCCCAACACCCCCAGAUGAAGAGAUGCUAAGCAGAGACCGUGAGGGAGGUGAGGAGGACUGUGACCAGGGCCCAGGUGUGGAGGAGCAGCCCAUGAAUGAGGAGGAGGAGGAGGAGGAGCACGUGUACAACCUUGAUGAUAGGGACCCCCCGGAUGCAGAGGAGCCUUCCCACACAGAGAUCCUUCUCACACAUGUCUGCUCUGAGUCUCUUGGAGUUCCCUGUUGGGAGCCAGGGCCCCCUGAGACUCCUGGGGAGCCUAACCAGUACACUGGACAGGACACAGAGGAUGCCAGCGUGGGGUCCCCUGAAAAUGGGGAGGUGCCCCCAGAUGUCCAGGAGCAAGAGGUGGCACCUGACAGCCCUGAGGUCUUUGAGGAGGACUGUGAAGAUGCUGCCGAAGGUGGGAGCCAGGUAGACCAGGAGGAACCACCCACUUGCGAUGAGGAAGCCUACAACAGAGAAACUGCCGCAGCCACCAUGCCGGUGGGGGAGGACCCUGGAGAGAGUGGAGACCCAGCGCAGGAGGACCCUGCUGAAGAGAACUGCCAGAUCAUACCCUUUGAGAGCGACAGCGUGGAGGAGGAUUUCGUAUCCACACUCCCAGAAAGUCCCUAUGAACUCUUCCCGACUGAGAGCACUUCCUUCUGCAAUGACAUCUAUUCCCUUUCGGAGUCAGCCAAGGGGCAGGAGCCAGUGCAUGAGGUCUGCACAGAGGAGGUUCCUGGUACUGACCCUUCACCCAACCAGCACGAUUCCCUGCACGAUGGAGCUGGAGAGGCACCCCCUGUCCCUGACGUAGUGGUUGUGCCAGAGGAUGAGGAUGCUGUGGAUGAUGCACUCAGCAGUCCCUACGUGAUGGGAGUUGGCUUGCUGAGCCUUGGAGAGGGAACACAGUCAGACACUCAGGCUGCCUCAGGCACUCGGAGUGGGUACAGUGCAUGGGAGGAAGGGGACUCUGAGGGUGGCCUGGUCCCAGUGGAUAGGAAGAAUAUUGCCACAAGGGCCCGGCCCCACUCUGGGAAGGUAGCUGGUCAUGUUCCAGAAACCGUUCUAGAAGAAACAGGAGCAGAAGGCUGUUCAUCAACUGUGGGCACCAGAGACACCAGUGAGGAGGUGAGAAAAAUGGCUAUUUUGCCAGAGGGGAAGCCCCCUGAGUCUGGCCGUGCCUUGCCAGCCAAGCCCAGAGCAUUCACUCUAUACCCAAGGUCCUUCUCCGUGGAGGGCCGUGAGAGUCCCCUGUCCAUGUUCCGGGAGCCAGAGGGGGCUGGGCUGGACAGCCAUCGAGUGAGGAGGAAAGAAGACAAUCUCUCUCUGCCAGGCGCCAUUGGCUCCUCUGGCAGCUUCUCACAGCGCAGCCAUCUGCCUUCCAGUGGCACCUCCACGCCGUCCUCCGUGGUUGACAUCCCGCCCCCUUUCGACCUGGCCUGCAUCACGAAGAAACCCAUCACUAAGAGCUCACCUUCACUCCUGAUAGAUGGCGACACGCUGGACAAGGCCUCCAAGAAGAAGAAGUCCUCCUUCAAACGCCUCCUGGAGCUGACGUUCAGGAAGAAGACGGAGAGCAAGGGGCACAUGGACAUGAACCUGUCCUCUUCCAGGUCCUCCUCCGAGUCCAGCUACCACGGCCCGGCCAGGGUCCUGGAACUCGACCGCAGGAGCCUCAGCAACUCACCCCAGCUCAAGUGUCGCACUGGGAAGGUCCGGGCCUCUGACUCCCCUGCCUCCCUCAUCUUCUACAGGGACGGCAAGAGGAAAGGCGUCCCCUUCAGCAGGACGGUGUCCAGGGUGGAGUCCUUCGAAGAUCGCUCCCGGCCGCCCUUUCUGCCCCUGCCGCUCACCAAGCCACGGUCCAUUUCAUUUCCCAAUGCUGACACUUCGGACUAUGAGAACAUUCCAGCCAUGAACUCGGAUUACGAGAACAUCCAGAUCCCGCCUCGCAGGCCGGCGCGGGCUGGGACUCUCACAAAGCUGUUUGAAGAGCAGAGUCGAGCCCUGUCCACUGCAAAUGAAAAUGAUGGCUAUGUGGACAUGAGCAGCUUCAACGCCUUCGAGAGCAAGCAACAGAGCUCAGAGCAGGAAGCCGAGAGCGCCUACACGGAGCCCUACAAGGUCUGUGCCAUCUCAGCGGCUCCCAGAGAGGACCUCACAUCCGACGAAGAACAGGGAAGCUCCGAGGAGGAGGACAGUGCUACAAGAGACCCCAGCCUCACACACAAGGUUGAGGGACAGUCCAGAGCCCUUGUCAUCGCUCAGGAGCUGCUGUCUUCAGAGAAAGCAUAUGUGCAGAUGCUGCAGCACUUAAGCCUGGAUUUCCAUGGAGCCGUCCUGAGGGCCUUGGAGGACAUAGAGCAAGAGGGCAGAGAGCCACUGGCCCAAGAGGAGCUGCGGCAGGGCCUGCGGGAGCUCCCAGCUAUCUGCGACCUUCACCAGGGCAUCCUGGAGAACCUGGAGCAGAGGCUGGGGGAUUGUGGGGAGGGCCAACAGCAGGUGGCCGACAUCUUCCUGGCCCGCGAGCAGGAAUUUGAACACCAUGCCGCACACAUCCUGCAGUUCGACAGGUACCUGGGGCUGCUCGCUGAGGGUUGCCUGCUCUCACCCCGGCUGGCCACCACCGUCCGGGAAUUUGAGCAGAGUUCACAAGGGGGCGGCCAGAGCAUGAAGCAUCGUAUGCUGCGUGUAGUCCAGCGCCUCUUCCAGUACCAAGUGUUGCUCACUGACUAUUUAAACAACCUGUGCCCAGACUCAGCCGAGUAUGACAACACUCAGAGUGCUCUGACUCUCAUCUCUAAAGUGACAGACCGUGCCAAUGAAAGCAUGGAGCAAGGGGAAAACCUGCAGAAGCUGGUCCACAUCGAGUACAGUGUGCGGGGCCAAGGAGACCUCCUCCAGCCAGGAAGGGAGUUCCUGAAGGAGGGAACACUGAUGAGAGUGAGAGGGAAAAGCCGACACCCCCGGCACCUGUUCCUGAUGAACGACACACUCCUCUACACACACCCCCAGAAGGAUGGGAAGUACCGUCUGAAGAGCUCACUGCCAGUGGCCAGCAUGAAGGUCAGCCGCCCCGUGAUGGACAAAGUGCCCUAUGCUCUGAAGAUCGAAACUCCUGAGUCCUGCCUGACACUGUCUGCAAGCUCCUGCGCUGAGAGAGACGAGUGGUACUACUGUCUGAGCAGAGCCCUCCCGGAGGACUACAAGACCCAGGCUCUGGCUGCCUUCCACCACAGUGUGGAGAUCCGGGAGAGGCUGGGGAUCAGCCUCGGGGAGAGGCUCCCCACGCUGGUACCUGUCACGCAUGCCAUGAUGUGCAUGAACUGCGGAUGCGACUUCUCGCUCACCGUGAGGCGCCACCACUGCCACGCCUGUGGCAAGAUUGUGUGCCGGAACUGUUCUCGAAACAAGUACCCACUGAAGUGCCUCAAGAACCGGAUGGCCAAGGUCUGUGAUGGCUGCUUCCGGGAGCUGAAGCUGAGGAAUGGGCCUGUCCCAGGCCCCAUGAGAGAGCGUCCAGUCAGCAUGAGCUUCCCACUGUCCUCAUCCCGCUUCUCCUCGGGCAGCACCUUCUCCUCCGUCUUCCACAGCAUUAGCCCUUCAACUUUCAAGAAGCAGAAAAAAGUCCCUUCAGCCUUGGCGGAGGUGGCGGCGUCAGGAGAGGGCUCGGCCAUCAGCGGCUACUUGAGCCGCUGUAAGAGUGGCAAGCGGCGCUGGAAGAAACUCUGGCUAGUCAUCAAGGGCAAAGUGCUCUACACCUACCUGGCCAGUGAGGACAAAGUGGCCAUGGAGAGCAUCCCUCUGCUGGGUUUUACUAUUGCCCCGGAAAAGGAGGCCGGCAGCAAUGAGGCAGGACCUGUCUUUCACCUUUACCACAAGAAAACCCUGUUUUAUAGCUUCAAAGCAGAGGACAGCAAUUCUGCUCAGAGGUGGAUGGAGGCCAUGGAAGACGCCAGCGUGUUAUAGCAGUCACUCGGCGCAUGGACUCACAACAAACUCUUACGUUAAUGUGUGAACCCUUCCAGAAGCUGCUCCUGGUUUCAGCUCAUCUGGAUGCACGUGUGGGUUCUGCAUGGGGCUUGACCUUUGCCCUCACAGGUGGAACCCUGCGGGAUAUUUAUGAACCUCUUCUUUUCUGCCUCCAUGCUUCCCAGCCCCCAUCACAAACUGUACCCUUAUCUAAAAGUGGGUUAAAACUUAGUACCUAGAAGACAUGGAAACCAAGAGAAAAGGACAUUUAGCAACAUGGGCUUUUUAGUAGAAACUGGCUUUUCCUGGUUUUACUCCUGGCGAAUAGGACCACUUUCCACUUUCUGCAAUGUCCAUACGGUGCCUCGGGUGAUGUGGGAACCAGCCAGAACAAAACAGCGGCCCAUCGAAGCACCUUACCAUCACGUAGAGCUGCAGCCUGCCAUG